CCCCCCCCCACCACCUUACCCAACAUGGCGGCCUCGUGGUGUUCUCACGUUGCGGGUCUAACGCGCCUCUUGGGCCGCCGCCUCCGCGUCUCCCACCGGCCGACCCCCUCGCCCGUCGCUAGCAGCAGAGCCCUUCUCCCGUCGCACGGCUGCUUCAGGGUCGAGCCGCUCUCCGGGACCCCCGGCGUCCCGAGCGUGGCCUGGACGCGCGCCCUUCACACGAGCGGGGUCCGCGCGGGGCUCGAGGAGUUCUUUGACGACCCCAAGCGAUGGGGGGAGGAGACGGUGAAGUCUGGGUCAUCAUGGGGCAUUCGCCUCCUCAGAGGGAAGAGCAGUGAAGAUCUGCACAAGCUGUGGUACGUGCUGCUGAAGGAGUACAACAUGCUCUUGACACUGGAGCAGGAGGCCAAGCGGCAGAGCGUGCCCAUGCCCAGCCCCGAGCGCAUUAAAAAGGUCAAGCACUCGAUGGACCGCGUGGACGGGGUUGUGCGGGAGAGAGAAAAGGCACUACGGCUGCUGCAGACGGGGCAGGAGUUGCCACGGCCGGGCGAGUGGCGCAAUAACGUCUUCGGCUACACCACGUGGUACAAUUUCAAAGAGCACCCGAUUCCCUGGUUCAUGAAUCGUCGCCACAGGAGGAGGAGAUUCUACACGCCCUCCUUCGUCAAGCCCUACAUCAGGUUGCGAAUCGAGAAGCAUCUCCGCGAGAAGAGGAGGAAGCGUCUGCGCGACAACAGGCUGCAAAAGCGGCUCCUGGAGAGGUUCCCGCGCUACGCCGAGCGGGAGGCCGCUGCCAAGGAGGUGGCCGAGAGCAGCGGGCGCCAGUGAACGGCGGCCGUCGCUGGCGCUUUCCCGUAUCCGGCAACGCCCUCGCGCCGCCCGCGUGACGGGACCCUGAUCCUCCUCGGUAAAUGCCCAUCACCGUCAGCCCGUGAUCGAUCCGCCGCUGUAUGAAGGUCUCCCCCCCCCAAGACGUCGCCAUCGCUUGGUAUCUCACGACUUAACAUUCCGCCUAACGCCCGCUCACGACCUGAUUGGUACAGCGUGCGUGUAAGGUUGGGCGUACUGUCGAUGAAGCUACAAACGGCACCACUUGUUGUAGGGCCACUGCAGCGGAGGGGGUUGCUUAAACAUAGAUGUCUAAUCUGAGCCAAAGGAUUAAAAACCCGCUACCAUGACUUGUUCUACCCCCUCAGCUACGGUGCCUCCAAACAGCAGGUGUUCCUCUUUCCCUACUAAAGGUCAGCUCAGCUCCCGCAUCGAUAAAUGAAUUAAUCUUCAUUUUACGUGCCAAUACUGCCCUCAAUAAAGUAGGCAUCGGUGCACGUUACAACGCAAAGCGAACGGUACAGGGGCAUGCAGCAAUCGUGGAGUCACAGCCCCCCCACUUGUGCAGCAGUGGCGUCAUGUGUGGUUGUACAUUUUAUUUCGCUUAACAAAAGCUACGGGUUUUGCCGCAAGCUCCGUUUGCUUGCUUCUUCCCCCAACAGCCGUUGUCCGUCACAGCGAGCGAUGUAAUUGCAGGAGAGUGUCACAAAUGCAACUUUCAGGAAUCCGAAAUUGUUCGCACCUUUGGCAGGGCCUGCUGACGAUCAUCGGCAGUGUGUAAUCCCAUCAACUGAGGAAUCCGAACAACUGAAAGGACAGGCGAUGGUGCUCUCUUAUAUUCUUAGUUUUUUUUCGGUAAAGUCAUGUAGGUAAAAAAAUGUAAUUAAUAAAAGUAAAAUAAAAUAAAAAUCACGACGUUUCGGAGGCAACACAAGCUUCCGUCUUCAGGUGGAACCGUCACAGCACGAUUGCCGUUUCAAGUAAGAGAAAUUCCAAGAAAACAGUCCUUGUAUAUAUAUACUGGUUGAGGGUGGGAAGAGCCAAGGUAGGCCCCUGGAUAUUAUUAUUGUGAGGUUCGGUGCGGCUGAAGCUCGAUCACGGUGGCAUCCUGUGGCUCCGGUUCAGGUGGAGGUGGUAAGGUUCACCUCCGGUUUUCAUAUUGCAGUUGACAUGAGGCAAUCGAUUAAUUUGGAGUGACGCUGCAUUUGGCAGUGAUGACCAAAGCUGUUGACGUCAGCGCGCCUCGCCAAUGCGCAGUAGGCACACGACCAUCCAAGAUCUGCCCUAACAGUCUCCCGCCAUCUACUCUUAAGUCGUACCCUUGGUUGCCGUCAAAUAAUGCAGCCCUAUAGAUAAAUAAUAUAUUUUAGGCAGUGGCUUUUUUCUUUUUGCUAUGAAUAAGGGCCGUAGAAACGUGUGGGGGAAUGUUGUUUUCACCAGUGGGUACCGCUGGGCUGUCGCUGGACAUGUUUUCAUGGAUUCCUUGGCUGCAUGGAUUUCAAGAGUAGAAACCCCGAGCUGGAUUUGACCGUCUACCGGACCUGGAACCACUAAACAACCAUCCACCUCUUGGUCACCGUCCGUGUGAAUUCCCACAAAAGAGAUGCCGGCAGCCAUAUUCCCGUGCGUCUGUGAAACGCCGGUCGUCGUGGAACGUCUCGUGUCGUCACCUCGGUGGUGGUCGUGUUUGUUGAGGAAUAAAAGGGGGUGCGACGUUUGAAA